AUGUCGCGGCAAGGCAAGUCGGAGGAGAAAUUUACAGACAUAAUAAAGAACUUUUUCGGACUUCGUAGCAGUUCGACUGUCACACCUCCGAGAUCCCUCGUAAAGGAAGUUGUGUUUACUCCUAAUAUAUUGCAGGACAUUGGACCUUCAAGUCCACCCAACAAACGCAUUGACCUUAUAAAAAAUUUAAGUGAUGCUGUAGUCAGGAAAACACUUGAAGAGAAUGCUGUUGCUGCUAUAUGGGAAGCAAUCAGAGAUUUGGUAGACUCUCCUUCCACGGAAGAUAGACAUGUGACUCUUGUAUUUCUGCUCCACAUAAUAAAAGGCCAGGGAGAACACUUGGGACCACUGAGAAGUCAUUUCUUCAGAGUCAUUCAGAAUUUGAGUAAUCCUGAAGAUCUGAGUCACAGAUUGGAGUUAUUUCAUGCUCUUACUGCAAAUGGAAAAGAUUUAACGUAUUUUGAAACGGAGACUGGUACCUUGAUCCUGAAUUGGAUGUUUGAGAUUUCCAAAUCAAAUCGUAUCACUGAAUUUCUGGCAUUAGUUGUAAAUAUAAUCCGUUACAAUGUGGGCUAUUUUGACGAUUCAUCUAUGUCUGGGAUUAUCAAAUGCACGUGUACCUUGACUGCAACAGUUAAAGAUCUAAAUGAUAUUCAGCAAUGUGUGGAACUUUUAGGUUUGGUUAUUCAUCUCCAAUGUGUUCCAUCUGAAUGCCUGACUUAUAUUGUUACCGUCCUGUGUCGCACUUUGAACAUCCGAAAUAAUGGAAAUGCUAGUCGAGAGGUGAUGAGAAAAUUACUAAGUACACAUCUUGGGCAUCAUGUGGUGCACCUUAUGUGUUGUAUGUUGGAGGAAAAAGAUCAUCCAAUUGAUGAACAAGUACUUCGUGCAGCUGUCUACUACCUUGGUAUGGCAUUGUGGGGCUCCAAGAAAGUGACAACAUUAAGUCAACCGCCAUCUGCAGUGUUGCCUUCCUUCUUGCAAGUUUUGGAAAGAGGAAGCCAACUUGUAGCAUUUGAAAUCACGCUUAGUGUGGGUCAGUUAGUGAAGAAAUAUGGACAGGUGUUGACGUAUGCUGGUUGGGACAUGGUCAUGGAUAUCCUCAGUUUACUGCUAAAAAAUCCGGAAUGGUCACCUCCAAACCAAGUCUCAAUGGAGGAACAUUUACACAGCACCUUGACUGACAUUGAAACACUCCAUCAACAUGGAUUGUUCAGUGGAUCCACGACUAAACUGUUUCUCAUAAUUGAAUCUUGUGCUGUCAAGAGGCCAGCAGCAUCUGUAGUAUCCUUAAUUUCUUAUAGAGCUGAAAGUCUGAACCCUGAAGAAGAUAAUUGGGUUAACAAUUUGCACCAACUUUUAGAAAGAUAUUUCAGACAAGAGAUUCGAACAGAAAUUCGCAUCAAGGCUCUCGAUGUUCUCUCUAUGAUUUUAUCAGUCAAUAGAAAUCUAUUUGAGGAGCAACUUGUAGAAACAGUUGUGAUAUCCUUCCUGAAGCAUUUAGAAAACGAUCCUGAUCCUGCUGUGCGUAAAGCUGGAGCUGAACUGUUGCUGACCAUAAUACCUCACAGUCGACACUACAAAUACCUUCUUGAUGUGGUUGAAAGGGUUGUUACAAAGCCUGUGCAGUUAUGGUUGCAAUCAAUUGAGGGCCAGAAUGUAAAGCAGCAUCUGAAUGAUCCAUUGGUGGGAGACACAAGAGAACUUGUAAAAGUGUUAGUGGAAACAUUCAAGACUAAAAUUUAUAGUCCUCCUGGUAACUGUUCACUGUGUAUUUAUAAUUUAUUGGUCAAAUAUGCCCGCUUCCAGUAUUCACAUCCUCUUUUAAUUACCACAGGAGGAGAAAUUCGAUGGAAGAUAAUUGAAUGUCUUCUGUUGUUGCGUUCUAACAACAAAUACCAAGUGGGUGUGGCCACUGAUCUAAAUCCACGAAAGAUCCCCUAUAGCCCGUAUCUAUUUUGUAAAAUUAGUCCUCCUGAUCAAUGUAGUAGAACGCCUCCUGGGACACCAACCUCUCAGUCGCCAGCAUUGUCUACCCAGAAUUCAAUAGCUAUUAUUGACUUCUCUCAAGCUCUACUUCUUUUCAACGAUUGCUUGCAGCAUGAAAAAGAUUGGAGUGUAUGGAAAUGUUUCUUGAAUCUUUUUCCCAAAUUGUUAAGGAAUAAAACUUUAGUAUUGUCUGAAAGAGGACAGCUAAUGGAUUUGCUAUGCCGCAGUCUUUGCAAUUUAAUCACAAAUCGUAAUCUGGGUUUACCCAGGAAAUUAUUAAACCGCCCGUCCACAUUCACACCAUCCGAUUUUCAUAUGGAAGUAUUUCCUGUUCUCAGUGCCAUUGUAACGUACCAAAGUGAUUUACAAAGAUCUCAACAGAUGGAGUUGAUUAAUUGCUUCCAAUUUGGACUGGUGUCCAAGUGCCCCCAGUUGUGUAUGAAUGCACUUCGUAUGUGUGCCUUAGAGAUGCCUGAUGCGAUGACCCGAUUCCUGCCGGAAAUCAUCCUGUCUCUAAGUAAGAUAUCUUCUACAGUUUAUGUGGGGAUUCCAGUACUCAGCUUUUUAUCAACGAUUGUCCGUUUCCCCAAGUUAUACGUGAGUUUCACAUCAGACCAGUACUUAAGUAUUUUUGCCAUCGCACUGCCAUAUACAAAUCCCUUUAAGUUCAGUCAUUACAUGGUCUCAUUGGCUUAUCAUGUGAUAGCUGCUUGGUUUACUCACUGUCGGGUUGAGUGGAGAUGGCAUUUUGUGAAGUAUGUCCAGAAGAGUUUAAGUAGAUAUGUCCAACAGGAAUUUGAAGAGAAUGCCAAGCAGAGGUUAAAAAGUCAUGAUACAAGCCCCAGCCCUGGCAGUAGUAGCAGUGCUACACGUGCCCGUGCAGGUAGCUGUGAUGGUGCAGACAAAGGCAGAAGAAGGUUUAAAUCUGGCUCUUCUUUACAAGAAAGUCCAGCCAAGCUUCCUAUCAAUGAGAAAGCAUAUCAGUUUCACAUGGAACUGACAGAAACUUGUAUUGACAUGAUGUCAAGAUACACACAUGCAAACUUUGCUGCUGUACCCAAAAGGUCACCAUUAAUGGAGUUUCUUCUUUCUGGUGGUCGGACAAAAUCAUGGCUGGUUGGACACAAAAUAAUUAGUAUCACAACAAGUGGUGGUGGUAAAAAGAUUGGCCUCCAGGGAAUUUGUGAAAAAUGCCUCAUGCUAUAUCAACAAGCCAAGGAAGACAAUGCCAUAAAAAGGAUGAGGGAGAAAAAGUCAAAGGAUCGUAAGCGGCAUAAAUCAGCUGCUUUGUUCACUAGAAGUGUAAGUCAUAUUGAUGAACCAACGUUACGAGCCAUGCAAACUACAGGAGGUAGUGAAGAUGGCAGUAAGAAACGGGCAAUUGAUGACAUGGGACUGUUAGAUGCAGAACCACCAGUAUUUUCAGAUGACAUCAAUCCUAUUUCAAAAACACAAAUCAAAGAAUUGCUCCAAAAUUCUUCACAAACACAUCAAGGCACGAAAAAUUCAGAUUCAAUCGGUACAAUGUUCUUACCCAACUUAUGCACGUGUUGGUGUGUCAGCUGGGCAGAGAUUCGGAUACGUUCUCCCAGUGGCAGCAUCUCAUGGAUGAUGCGGAUAGAAAAUCACCUAAACCCGUAUGGAGGUCCCAGUGAUCUUCCACUUGCUGAUAUUAGUGUCCUCCAGAUCCCUGUUAAACAGCAUGGUCCAUGUCUUAGUGUGGAUGGGUUUAAUUACCGUAGCAAUCUCAGUGAGGAUGAAUAUGAGACUCUUUACAAACAGCGCUUCCCAACUGAGCAGGAACUGGCUGCUCGGCGAUUUAAUGAUUAUUACAGCAAGGAUGGUAAGCAGCAUCUUUCAUUCUCUUCAUCUAUUUUCUCCUUUUUCUUUUCUCUUCAUCUAUUUCUCCUUUUCUUUUUCCUUUUUUUUCCUUCUUUCUUUCUCUCCUUCUUUUUUAUUUAUUUCUUUUUUUUCCUUUCUCCUUUUGGAAAGACUUUAUUAUAUUUCUCCUUCCUUUAUCAUCUUUUUUCUCCUUUAUUAUCUCUCCCCAAACUUUAUUAUUUUCCCCUACCCCUUUAUCGUCUCUUUUUCCCCUACCCCUUUAUCGUCUCUUUUUCCCCUACCCGUUUAUCGUCUCUUUUUCCCCUACCCGUUUAUCGUCUCUUUUUCCCCUACCCGUUUAUCGUCUCUUUUUCCCCUACCCGUUUAUCGUCUCUUUUUCCCCUACCCGUUUAUCGUAUCUUUUUCCCCUACCCGUUUAUCGUCUCUUUUUCCCCUACCCGUUUAUCGUCUCUUUUUCCCCUACCCGUUUAUCGUCUCUUUUUCCCCUACCCGUUUAUUGUCUCUUUAUAUACUUCUACGUCCAGCCCUGAGACUGAAAGUUUAAGUAUUUUUCGUGACUGCAUAGAUCAGGAUGGUGGUGUUCAACUUGAGCAGAAAGGGAGAGUUUUGAAGAAAAGCACAUCAUCACCUUCAUUACUAUCUGUGAGUAGUACUGUAUGCACUUGUGGGUCUGGGAAGGCCACUGCAGCUGAAUUUUCUCCUUUUGAUCAGGAGAGUCGGGGUGUGCCUGGCUCAAUAUCAGAGCCAAGUAAACCGGGGGUCUCACCUGCAGGGAAAGAAAAACAGCAUUCAAUUAAUGUGUCAAAUCUGUCCCCUGGGGCAAGCAGGUCAGCCACAGGUAGCAGGUCUCCUUCUGGCUGCAAGUCUCCAGCACCCAGCAGGUCACCUGUGCCUAGUCGGUCUCCGGCACCCAGCAAGUCACCUGUGCCAAGACGACCAUCUGCUGCAAGCCUGUCUCCUGCUAUAGAUGCUUCUGUAUCCACUGAAGACAAUGUCUUCUUUUCUAACCAACCCGUAGGAGUCGUUUCCAGUGACACCAAUAAUAGGAGUUUGAGGCGGCACUUAAGUUCUACAGACAAGUCACCCCGGUUAUCUCACCGUUAUCAUCAAGAACAGCAACAUUACCCUCAUCAAACUUCACCUCUCUCUCCUCACCAGCUGACCUUCAGUAAUGCCAGUUACCCAGAUGAAUCAAGUCAACGUUGGCAAUACUAUCAACAGCAAAAAACACCACCAUACCAGCAACAUCACUUUCAUUACCCAAGCCGUCAACAAACUCCACCUUUUCCUGGAGAUGAUGACGCCAUGCCUCGGCCACGGUUGCUCAGUAUGAAAGUCAAUCCCACCAAUGCCAGUGAUGACUUUGAUGAACAGAGCUCCAUGGAGUCUGUGAUCCCCCACCGGCCUCGUGGCCAAACCAUAUCCAUCCCAUCACCUCACCAUACAUUCAACAAGUUGAAGAAAGCUCAAGAACAAGCAAGUGCUGAGAAACCAAAGGAAGAGGAAGUGAAAGGUGGGAUAGACCCAAGCUUUGUCUUCCUGCAAUUGUAUGGAGGUCUACUGUCACUGACACCACCAGAUAUUCCUUUAUUGCUGCCUCAUAAUCAAGAAACACAACGAUCACUGGAACUCUUAGACUAUAUUCCAUCCUAUGAAACUCAUAAAAUUGGUGUUUUAUAUGUUGGAGAGAACCAGUGUAAUAGUGAAGUGGAAAUCUUGUCCAAUCAACAUGGGUCUGAACGAUAUCAGAAGUUCCUGGAAAAUUUAGGUCAGCUAAUUUAUCUCAAGGACACAGAUGGAAAAUGUGUGUUUCUAGGUGGGCUUGAUGGACGAGAGAAGUGUGAUGGUCAGUUUGCCUAUAGCUGGCAUGAUGAAUUUAUGCAAGUAAUCUUUCAUGUAGCAACAUUGAUGCCAAACAUGAAAAAUGAUAAACUUCGAAAUAAUAAGAAACGACAUAUUGGGAAUGAUUAUGUAAAUAUUGUGUACAACGACAGUGGUGAGGAGUACCAAAUUACCACUCUGAGAAGUGAGCUUAAUUUUGUUAAUAUUAUUAUUGAACCUCUUGACUGUGAAACGAAUGCAGUGACAAUUGUGACUAAGGAAAGUAAGAAAGCUGAUGCCAAAGAGGUCAUCACAGCAGAUAUUGCAGAAGCCUUAGGUCAAGAGGCAAAGAUUAUCUCUGAUAAAAAAGUUGCUUCUCUUGUACGACUGAUGGCCAUCCACUGUAAUUUGGCAGCAAUGGUCUUAUGGCGCCAGCAGAAUAUUCCUGAAGAUCCUUUUGCAUCUAACUGGCUGGAACGACUGCGGCAUAUGAAACGUCUCCACAAUAGAGUAAUGGAAGAACUGAAGACAAUGGCUGACGAAAAGGCCGGUUAUGACCGAACUGAAGGAAAAGUGUUCCAUGAAGAUUUCACAGAUUAUUCCUAG